AUGCCUCCUCUGUCGGCAUACACUUCGUUUGAAUCCCUCCUGUUUUUUCAGUCUCUAGCGACUUCCGAUUCCCGACCAACAAGCUUCGGCUCAAUCUCAACCCUUUUGCGCAACAACCAGCUCGUGCGCGAGAAUGCCGAUUUCGAUGCCGAUCGCCUGACCCCGGAGGCGCUGGAAGAUCUCUAUGCGACAUUGAUGCGCGAUGGAUUCAGUCGUGAUAGUGCGCUCUCGGCCAACGGACGACCCGCAGAUACCUCUAGUCCGCCCAAUCCAAAGAAACGCAAGAUCUCCAGUCCGCGACCAGAUGGAUUGACCGGCGGAUUCACCCAUGCCACGCUCGUCCCAGAGCUAGUGACACACCUUUACGCCAAAUACAGAGAUCUAGUCACUAGGGAAAUUAGGGAUGAUGAGAAAAAGUACACAGAAAUUAGGGCUGAGCUGGAACGGCUGCAGCAGGAGGGCGACAAACCAGUCGCUGCCGCAGCUACAGCAUUGACACCGGUGAAGCCGGUGCCUAUCGAAGGGAAGGAUGAUGUUAUGAAGGAAGAGGUGCCACACCCACAUGUACAAGAUCAGACAGCUCAACCUGUUCCGACGACCAUCCCGCUCGCCCAGGACAAGGCAAAGCCCGAACCACAGCACAUCGCGAUAAAUGUGCCCCCUACGACAAACGAGCCUCCUAAAACACACCCCGUCCCUCCUGUGACCCAACUUCAAGCUCCACUUCCCCAAGUGCAAACCCCGACACCCAAACCGCAAGACAUAGCUGGGCAUGCACCUCAACCGCAGCCGAUCACCACCCAUCCCGUACCAAAACCGUCCAUCCAACCUACACUUGCUCCAUCUACUCAAAAAGCCCCUCCAACCACACCGGCCGGGCCACGAGUAACACCGGCACAUCCGUCGCAAAUCGCACCUCGUGCCAAUCCCGCCCCACCUGCGCCAAUUGCUACGGGUAAGGCUGGCCCGUUGGCACCGGCGUCCCAGCGAACCCCCGCUCAGCCGAGCUUCCAGCAGUGGCAGCUGGAUCCUUCUCCUCACUCACCAUACCCGAUCGCCUCCCCAGGUGCUGCUACACCUCAAGCGGCCCAGGGUACUACCAAGCGACCUGUACCACCACUUCCCACCAACCCGCCUUUGGCCGGGUCACAAGCCCAGACUCCUCUCCAACCUCCUGGUCCACAAACACCCAGCGCCGUCCCGUCUGCAGUCCACACACCUGUUCCGAUCGGCCGCCCGCGUAUUUCUCAAACGCCGAGUGCCACAUUCCCUUCAUUCUCCGAAUCGCGCGCCUCCCAUCCACGCCUGUCAAUCGACACGCAAGGCUCUUCCACACCGUGGAAGAGAACUCCUCGCCCGAGGGUUUCGCGCUCUCCAAGCUCACCGCCACGGCCACGGCCGGAGGACGUCAGUCCCAUCAGUGAACGCGACCAAUCACCCGUUGAUGCGAUGGAGAUGUCACCUCCCCCAAAGAUCAACCUAGGCCAACGAGCUCCAUCUACAGAAGACAGGAAACCACGACGUGGCCAGCCUGACACCAAAUCCGCCCCCCGUCAUAAAGACCGAGAAAUUAGCUUCAAUUCGGAGGACGCGUGCCACAAUCAACGUGAAUCACGAGCAUCGGGCCGCCGAAAGGGUGCAGCUGCUACCGCCGACGAAGGGACGCCUAAACCGCGGACAAAGCGUAAACGCGGCGCAAGUGAAGCAGUGGAACUGGAACCUCACCCUGCGGAUAUCCCCAGAUUCGACACCACCCAGUAUGUCAUGGCCACGCGCAACUUCCACCGGACUGCGGCACCGAUCAUGAACGAUGUAGCCACGCACAAGCUCGCCUCCAUCUUUGCCAAGCCAAUUAGCGAGCGCGACGCCCCCGGCUACCAUGAUCUCAUCUAUCGGCCAUCUGACCUCAAGUCAAUCAAAUCGGCCAUCCACCAGGGAAGCAAAGCUGUCGCAACCGCAGGAGAAUCAGCAAGCACCCCGGCUGGGGAUGGAGAGUCUCCUGUUCCUGGUGGCACGCCGUCAAAAAGCGGCGUGCUCAUGUUGCAGAAGAAUGAGGAUUUCAUACCACCCAAGGGAGUUGUGAACUCUGCACAACUGGAGAAAGAGUUGAUUCGCAUGUUCGCCAACGCUAUCAUGUUCAACCCAAUUCCUCAGCGAGGAUUCGGACCCGCCUUCCCCAUGUCCAGUGACCGUGGUUCGCGCGAGAGUACCCAACUGGGCGAUUCCGACGAGGGUGGUAUCAUCCAGGACUCGUUGGAGAUGUUUGAGGAUGUUCAGCAGGCCGUUACUCGAUGGCGGGCUGCUGAACGCACUGCUGAUGAAUUGGCUAAUAAGAAUGUCCUCUCCCUUCGGCGUGGAAGUGCCAGUGAUUUCAACACUGAUAGUACUGAUGAUGUGAAGGGGUGA